UGACAGUUCCUCGUUCAGGAUGUGUGCUGAGUGUUUGCAUCAGUUCUGUCGCGGCUGCAGAGAGUUUCACACACUCAUUUACCAAAGGAGCGGAAUCUGACCUCAGACAACAAUGGGUGAGAAUAGUUGGGAGGACUUUUUAAAAUUUUUAGAAGAAGCCAAUAACACACCACCAGUUAACCCUGUAGACUGUGAGGUUCCUUUAUGCGAGAAAAGUAAUGUCAUCCAGUUUGGUGCCGCAUUUCUCCCAGCAUUCUACUACACCAACUUCUUGCUGAGCUUGGUGGGGAAUGGACUGGUGCUGUACAUCAUCUAUAGAUAUGAGAAGCUCACAACGGUCACCAACAUCUUCUUGCUCAACCUCGUCAUCUCGGACCUGAUCUUCGCCUUCAGCCUUCCCUUUUGGGCAGUCUACCACAAGUCAGAAUGGAUCUUUGGCAGUGGCCUUUGCAAGUUGGUGGGAAGCUGUUAUUCCAUCGGCUUCAACAGCUCCAUCCUCUUCCUCACUCUUCUGACUUUUGACCGCUACCUUGCGGUGGUCCACGCCAUCAGUGCAGUCCAGAGCAGGAAGAAAAAAUAUGCGUUUGCAUCGUCCGCCAUCGUCUGGGUGCUCAGUAUAUUGGCUAGUAUAAAGGAUAUAGUUUUUUAUGAUGUAAUGGAUGGUCAAAAUGGUAGGCUGUGCGAAAUGACUGGUUACAUCCCGUCUACCCUCACAAAGUGGGAGCUGAUCGGCUAUUAUCAGCAGUUUCUCUUUUUCUUCCUAGUGCCUCUAGUUAUUGUCCUGUACUGCUAUUCCCGCAUAAUCAUCAGGAUCAUGUCCACACGCAUGGUGGAGAAGUGCAGGGCGGUCAAACUCAUCUUUGUCAUUGUCUUCACCUUCUUCAUCUGCUGGACGCCUUACAACGUGGUCAUUCUGUUAAAAGCCAUCAAGACAUCCUUUGGAGACCAGUGUAAUUGCUCAGAAGCCCUCGACUACGCUCUGUACGUAACACGUGACUUUGCCUACCUGUACUGCUGCAUCAGCCCUGUCUUUUAUACCUUUUUGGGGAAGAAGUUUCAACGCCAUUUUCUGAAACUUUUGGCCAAGCGUCUACCAUGUUUGGAGAUCAAUACAUUGCUCUCAGAGCCAAGCAGUAAAACCACAUCAGUCAGGAGACCAACACUGAUUACUGAUCAUUCACGUGGCUAACAAGUUUCUGAUUGAAAAUUUGUUGUUAAGAGGACACAAAUUGGAUCACCAAGAGAAAGAGAAAAACAAAGAAUCCAAGAUGCAAUGUUUGACCAAUGUAUGUUGUUUGACCAUAUAUAUAUAUAUAUAUAUAUAUAUAUAUAUAUAUUCAAUAAUUUCUCAUUUAAUGCAUAUUAAUGCAUAAUAAUUAAUAGAGUGUCUAAAGACGUCCAUCAAUUUUACCAAAUGAAGCAAAAGUAUUGAUGAAAAACAAAUUGAACAAUAUUUUACAGUUCAUUUGAUGUACAUUAAUGAAUAGUAUAUGUCUAAUGGGCUCCAUCAAUUUUACCUAAUUGAGAAAAGGCAUUUAAUAAUAAUUAUUGUUAAUAAUAAUUACUAUCCAAUUGUUGUACAUGUAUUUAUUCCUUCACAAAUAUCGCUUUGAUGACAUCAAAACCAAAAAAAAAAAAAAAAAAGAAAGAAAGAAAGAAAAAAAACUUCUGUGAAAGAGUAUCAUUGCAACAUAAUGUUGAAUGUGUAACCCUAGUCCUAAUGGGUUCUUUAGCAAUAUAUAGCUAUCAAAUCUCUACACUAUUUUAUUUUGUAAGGAGUAAUUUUUUUGUGUGUAAAAUAUAUUGUUGUAAGAGUUCUUCAAGUAUGGAAAAUUAAUGAUUUUAUAUUGCUGUUAAUUGCUGGUGUAGCCUAUGCUGAGAAGUAAAAUAUUAGUGACCAGAAUCUUAAUGAUAUUAUUAUUUCAGUGUAUCACAUCUUCAUUUUGAGCAUGAACUCAGUCUCUACAUUGUGUUUUGUGUGUGUUUGGAUCUGAUUUUAAUGCCAAUAAAUGAUUCUAAAUAA